AUGUGGUAUGAAAUUUUGCCAGCUGCUGGAAUUAUGUUGGCGUGUAUCGCUGUGUACGAACCUAUGACCAAGGGACUAGCGCGAGUGCUUUUCGGCAGAUGGAGUGGGACCAAUUUCUUUGCCUAUCGUGACGAUUUCGCUUUACAUUUACGCGACCGCGAUCUCGUCGGUCGGCAUCAUAUCCUUCAAGGUGUUGAGGCAAUUGAUGAUGAAUAA